AUUCAAUCUAGAAGCCCUCGACAAAUCUCUCAUGAGUUGCUAUUGCUUACUGAAGAUCAGUGAGUGCAAAAGUAAUAAUAUUAUCAAUGUUGGGUUUGUUGACCCAGAUAAAAUACAUGUUGAAACGGUGAAGCAUAAACGCGAAGAAACGGGGGGAAACCUACUAAGGUUUUUGGGGCAGCAAUAUUUCUGUGAUUCAAUAUUGUUUCCUUACAACUACGACUUCCACUGGAUUCUACUAGACAUUCAACCUGAUAAGGGAAUAGUUGAAGUAAGAGACCCACUGAGUAGAGGCCUGGACGGGUUCCAGGACUUGCAGAAGUUGCUCCAAGUGGCUUGGCAAGCUUUGAAGAAUGUUCAUAAGGACAUUACCUUUGCAAAGAAGCUAACAUUUACUCCUGUAGCGUGCCCCCAGCAGCCACAAGGGACGAAUCUAUGUGGAUACUACGUUUGCGAGUCCAUUCGCAUGUUAACCACUGAGAAGCAGAACAGAAAUAAAUUCGACGUCGACUUCAUGCGGGACAGACUCCAACCAAAGGAACACGCACUAGGAAUCGCGGAGGAAGUGGCGGGACUUUUGGUUAGAGAAGUAAUAAACAACAAAGGCUUGUUUAGUCCAGAUAGUUGUUCUACCUCCAAAUAGACGGUCGUUAGUACCGUUUGUCGAUCGUGAGCUCCAUGUAUAUAUGUAGGGAACCUACGAAUAUGUGUAAGGGGAAUCGACUUCUGCUUCCAAUAUUUGUUUGAUCGAUCUAUAUAUAUAUAUAAUGAAUGAAUGUGUACA